AUGUUUAGAGACUUCGCUCACUACGCCAUAAUUAGGAUCUCCACGUCUCUUCAUUUAAUAGAGAACACCACUAUGAUGGCUGCAAGUACUGAGGUGGAUCAUGUCGCUCAUGUUGCAACAGAGAUGGGAGGUAUUACGAUCAAGAACUUAGUAACUAAUAUCAAGUUCAUAGAUAAUGACAACAAGAUUAAAAUCCUCACCAUCGGCCGGGAAAAUACUGGUGCAACUAAAACCAUUCUUCUCAUUGGACAAACAGGAUCCGGGAAAACCACGCUUUUAAAUGCGAUGAUCAACUACCUUAUGGGCGUUCAGUUCGAGGACAAUUUUCGAUACUCUGUGAAAGAUGAAAUAGGUGAUGAUCAUCAUAAGAAAGUUACUGAGAGUCAGACAGAGUUUAUAACAGGGUACCACAUCUAUCAUAAACCUGGCAAGGUACACGACUAUAAUUACCUAAUUAUUGACUCUCCUGGACUAUUAGAUACAAGAGGAAAGGAAAGGCAGGAUGAUAUUAGGAAGCAAGCAGAAUUUUUCUUACGAGAAAAAGAACUGAAUAUAAUGGAGCUUCACUCUCUUGCUUUUGUCAUAAAUGGUACUACCAACAGAUCUCAGCAAUGUGUGAAGGAUGUUAUUACAGACUUUGAAAACCUGUUUGCAAAAGACACUGUUGAGAUCACAAAUGUCCUUGCAACGCACUGUGAUGAUAUGAAUUCAGUGCAACAAGUCCUGACGGAUAUGGGGAUCAAGUAUUGCAAGUUGUACAACUUUCAAAAUGAUUGUAUUUUCAAUAAAGGCCAAGGCAUGCUAGACAACCCCUUGCGUGCCGAGUUAGAACGCAUAAAAUGGGGGUAUUUGAUGAAAAAAUAUCAGGAUUUUUUUGAAGAUUUAAAUGUAACCACACCAGUGAGUCUUUUAAUGAGCAGGGAAGCGGCUACUGAAAAGAAGGAACUUGAGGUACAAGUAAUUCAAAUAAAGAAUAACAUAGAGCAUAAAAUCAUUAAAGUGAUAGAAUAUGAGAGCCAAAGAAAGUUAUACGACGAGUAUGAGACAUGCAUGGAAAGCAACAAGGUAUUUGAAGGAACAGAAACAGUCUCUCAAAAACAGAACGUUUCCAUUGGAGGUAUAUUCACUCAUGCCCACAACUGUAAAAGAUGUAAUAGGACGUGUAUCUUCCCCUGUUAUACAGUAGAAAUCUUAGCAGCCUGUUUCGCAUUCUAUGGUAAAUGUGAAGUCUGCCAGUGCAGCCUGUGGGAACAUCAUGAGCGAAAGGACAUAAGAAUAGUAGAAAUUUUCGAAACCAAAACAGUUACUCAUGAAGAAAUGAAAAAAAGAUACGAAGAUGCCAUGAGCAAGCUUCCGCUCUCCAACCUUGAACCGCCAACCUCCACCCUCCAACCUCCAAUCGCCAACUCCGAACCUCGAACUCGAACCUCAACCUUUAACUUCGAACCCCCAGCUUUCAAACUCGAACUUCGAACCUCGAACUUCGAACUUGGAAUCCCCAGCCUCCAACCUCCAACGUUCAACCUCGAACCUCCAACCUCAAGCUAA